AUGCCUCAUUCGGUCAGCCCAACUCAAGAGAACGCAACACCUUCCCAGCCAAAGCUCUUCGUCAACGAUGGACCACUAGAAAACUACUCAUGGCUCCAGCCAUCACAACCAGAUGAACCAUUAGAAGGGCUCCGCAGGAAAUACAACGAAGACGGCUAUAUCUUCCUCAAAGGCCUCAUCCCUCGCGAAGAUGUCCUCACAGCCCGUCGCUCCUACUUCGACUUCAUGUCUCCCUCUGGUGUCUUGAAGCCUGGCACAACAUCCGAACAAGGCAUUUUUGACUCCGCCAAGUCCGCCGCCGAGUUCCCGGGCAUCGGCGCAGGCGCAGUAGGAGGAAACCAGCGACCCGGCGACGACAGAGCAGCAACUUUUGUCGACAGAGCCCUGGACGCACACAAGCAAGACUGGUACAAGGAGACUUUUUGCAAACAUCCCGCACUCUCCGAGUUCAUCUCGAAAUUCUCAGGUUGGGGCGACGAUACAUUGGCGAUUAAGCGUACGCUGUUGAGAAAUAAUAUCCCGGGGACUCAUGCUAUUGGUGUACAUUACGAUCAGAUCUUUCUGAGGCAUGGCGAGCCUACUGCAAUUACCGCUUGGGUGCCCAUGGGUGAUAUCAAAGUCAAUGGCGGCGGGUUGAUUUAUCUUGAAAAAGCACACACACUCGGCCGCGACCAAGAAACCUCCUUCUACAACUCCGCCAUCUCCAGCGGUUUAACAGAAGAACAAGCCAAACACGCCUUCAACGCCACAAUGAUGGAUACAGGGCUCCUCGACUCCGCCCCCUCUGCUUACAGCAAAAGGUUUAAUAAGAGGUGGUUGGUUGCGGACUACGAAGCUGGGGAUGUAGUGUUGCACACGCCGUUUACGAUUCAUGCUAGUACGGUUAAUCAUGAUGAGGAGGGCGUCAUUAGGUUGGCGACGGAUUUGCGGUUUGUUGAUUCGAGUAGGAGGUGGGAUGGUAGGUGGGACAAGGUUUAUGAGAUGGAUGAUGGGUUGUAG